AUGGGCCAACUGUAUGAAGACUAUCUCUCCUCCGGAGAGAACUGGAUGGAGAGUUCUCUCAUGGUAAAUGCAAGCAGGACUUUGACGUCCAGAAGGCGUGGAAAAUACAAGCUGACCACCUACCGCGACUUGAAGACCCAGUUUGGGGCAGGGGUAGCAAAGCAGCUCCGAGACAACAAGAAGGAACAGGAACAGGCCAAAGCAGCCACAGAUUCCAUAAUCUACUGGUGUGAGCACCCUGACUUCAAAGGGAUGCCGGGGAAGGAGGACAGGGUUGACUUUGAACUCGUUCGAGUUUGGGAUUCCAUGGUCUAUGAGGAUGAAUGUGAGGAUGGGCUGUCACUGACGCUGAGUGCUACGGGGAACUUAGAUGCAUCGCAAACUCGACAAGCUCUGCAUCUUGGUUGGAAAUGGCAGUUGGCCACCGGUUCUGAGAUUGGCCGGCUCCACUCUGGGGCACUGGGGCUCCACGCUGAUGCAGCGGGAAAUCCACAAACCGGGGCUGGUGGGCCUGACAAUGCUGACCGUCGUGAGAAGAAGGCUAAGUCUGCUACUUUGAAGAAUGGGUUUACCCAGGAGCUGAAUGCCCGCAAUUCGUCGUUGGCAUCUGCCAAGUUGGAGCUGGAAAACCUGUAUGGGGAAAAUCUUGAGGAUUUAAAAGACCGGCCGGAGAUUAUUGCCAGGGUUGAUGCCGCUCUGAGAGCUUGUGAAGCUGCAGUCACCAGCUACACUGGCACAUUGCGUUCCAUCAAGUUGUCGAUCGAAACUUGA